AUGCUCGCACGUCAUUCUCUCGUUCUUCUUGCGUCGGCGACGACAGCCGUGCUCGCGAAAACUUGCGCAUUGCAGUUCGACGGCCGUGUGCCAUCGACAUUCAAUCUCACCACUUUCGACACUGCGAAUGGUGUAUUUAAUCCGAACAAUGUCUUUGGCAAAAAUUUGACGCUCAGCCAGCUCCUUCGGCUGCCGGCUCAGAAGGGCUCUAUAUUCGACGAGAAUACUGUCCCUUUCGAGGUCACCAUCAGUGACGAGUCCAUUUUUGCCCCCAGCGCCAGCAACGUCCAAACAGGCUUUCGCCGCGCCGAGAUGCUCCCGGCAAGCAACUCGGGCACCGAUCCGUCGACAACGGGCAUCAAGACACUGCAUUUCAGUCUCAUGAAGGACUCGGAGCGGCCACUCAACCUGUCUCACGAAUACCAGCUCGUCUUUUUGGAGAGCAGCGACUUCAGCACGAACCAGCUGGUGCUGAAAACCGGCACUCUCAUCGGCCAAGAGACAGCCAACCCUGACACUUUACAGCUGCUAGGCAACGUCAACGUAAAUCCGCCUCAGGUGCUCUUUAGCACUCCAUUUCUGCCGGACGUGUUUCACAACUUCGCUGUGACGAUGGACUUCAAUAAUCUUACCACACAAGUAUUCUUCUCCACCGGCAACUCGUCCCUCAAGGCCGUCACCCAGGCCCUCUCCAACGACAUCAGCGGCCAAGGCGAGUUCCACUUUGGCAUGCUCAAGAAACCCAUCGACGGCGGCAGUGAUAUCGUGCACAAUGGAACCCAGGAGUCUGACAUUGAUGAGGGAAUCAUUUAUGGUGGAAUCUUCGAAGAGGACAGCUCCACGGGCUGCGUGAGCCUGUCGCCGUAG